ACCACGCCAGGAAUGAUUAAGAUAUUUAACAAAAAUCGUCGGCUUGAUUCUUUCAUAAAUGGCGAUGUCACUGUGUCUUUACGCCACAAUGAUUCGGUGUUGUCCGUGGAUGAUCCAGACCAUGUAAAGCUCCCGGGAAAGGUGUACGGCCUUGAAGGGAAGGAUGAAGUGGUGACAGAUUCUGAAGGUCACUUGAUGCCUCCACAGCCACCAUACGGCAGUCCCAAACCACAUCAACAACCGCCUGCGGGAACAGGCGGCGAAAGCCCGUUUCAACGAACCCUUCGCCGGGUUGCUUCUGCCCCGUUGGUGAACCUUUUAAAGACAGACAGUAGUGCCAGCAACGUCAGCACAAAAACAGCUGAGCCGGAAUUUGACCUUUCGAAGCACAUUGGAGAAAUUACGAUCAAAAGCCGUACUAGAUCUUCUACACAAGGACGUAUGUACUCCAAAUCACUGACGAAAGUUACUGAUGUCCAAGUGCGUCCGGAUUCGUUUGAAAAAAUCAAGUUGUUGGGAAAGGGAGAUGUGGGGAAGGUGUUUUUGGUAAAGGAAAAGUGUUCCAACAAGUUAUACGCUAUGAAGGUGUUGAACAAGAAAGAGAUGAUCGAAAGGAAUAAAAUCAAGCGGGUUUUGACCGAACAGGAGAUCCUUUCUUCAAGCAACCACCCCUUCAUCAUCACAUUAUAUCACUCCUUCCAAAGUGAAGAUUAUUUAUAUCUUUGUAUGGAGUAUUGCAUGGGAGGAGAGUUUUUCAGAGCUUUACAGACAAGAGAGAACCGUUGCAUCAAUGAACUGGAUGCCCGAUUUUAUGUCUCAGAAGUGGUGGCCGCUCUAGAAUAUCUACACUUGAACGGAUUUAUCUACCGAGAUUUGAAGCCGGAAAACAUUUUGUUACAUCAGUCUGGACAUAUUAUGUUACUGGAUUUUGAUUUAAGUAAACAGACAGAUUUGAUUCAAAACCCAGUUAUGAAUGAUUUAAAGUUGGAUACCAAGAGUUGCAUUGAAGGGUUCCGUACCAAUUCUUUUGUAGGAACAGAAGAGUAUAUUGCCCCCGAAGUCAUAAGAGGGAAAGGUCAUACUUCUCUAGUUGACUGGUGGACCCUUGGAAUCUUGCUCUAUGAGAUGUUAUACGGAACUACUCCCUUCAAAGGAAAAGAUCGAAAGAGAACUUUCUCCAAUAUCUUGAAGAAAGAUGUCAAGUUCUUUGAUACGAAACGCACAGGAAAUGGAUCAGUAAGUUCAAGCACCAAAAGUUUAAUAAAAAAGCUUUUGAUUAAAGAUGAAAAUAAGAGGCUUGGAAGUAAGAAUGGAGCUACUGACAUCAAGACCCACGCAUUCUUCAAAAAUGUCAGUUGGGCACUUUUGAGAAAUUCCCAACCACCUAUGAUACCAGUGUUGAACAAAGCUGGAACCGUAACCCCUAAAAAGAUUGAGAAGGAGUUUGAGACACAUGAUCAUCAGGAAUCAGGAAUCUCAACUACCACCUCAACCAGUAACAGUAAGGUGGAAACGGACGAUCCAUUCCGAAGUUUCAGCUCGAUUUCUUUAUUCUACAAUGAAGCAUACGAGGAAGAUGACGUAACGAACAAUGGUCAAUAUUAUGUGGAUAAUUCCAUAUACUCAAGUGUUUAUUACACCAUGACUAAGUCUCCCAAAAAAGGGCUUUUAAAAUAGGUCCCGAAAAGUCUAUAUAUGUACAUAAAAGGCAAACCAAUCAUAACAAAAGUAAAUCAUAAAUAUGUUAAAUUUAACAAGAGAUCAAGUCCACAAUGGCCAACUUGACUUCAGCACAUUGAUCAGCAACGUCUUGAUCAUACAAAUUGUAGAAGUCACCGGAAAGACAUUGAUAGAACGUUUGGUUGUUACCCAAGGCCAAGUAACCGUCGAUAAUAGACCAACCGGCGGCGUAAAUAGCACCAGCUUGAGGUGGUGGACCAUCGAAUUGGAACUGUCUGUUAGCAACAAUAGAACCAAUUCUUCCCUUAGCAUCGGUCAAGAUAGAAGCACUUAAACUCAUAGAUAAAGAGUCAGAAGUAGCACAGGUUUCCAAUUUUGCACCCGAAGUGUCAUCAGAGGUUGAGUUAUUUUGAACUUGACCAUCGGUUAUUUGAGCAGCAGCCGUACCUUGGUUUUGAAUUUGACCAUCGUUUAUCUGGUUGAUCACAGAAGCAGAAGCAGAAGUAGUUGGUUGGUUUUGGAUUUGGCCAUCACCAAUUUGGUUGACGACUUUAGUGGCCGUAGUUGCCGUAGUUGCCUGAUUUUGGAUUUGUCCAUCACCGAUUUGGUUGAUCACAGAAGCAGUUGGCUGGUUUUGAAUUUGACCAUCGCCGAUUUGGUUGAUCACUUUGGUCACAGCAGCACUGGUAGUGGUAGUUGGGGCUUGGAUUUGUCCAUCACCAAUUUGAGUAACUUCUCUUUUGGCAGCAGCCGAGGGGGCAGCAGACACAGUUUCAAUUUGGAUACCGAAACUUUGGGUGUAAUCAGUGGUUCCAGUAGGAGAAGCACUUGGAGUCAAGGUAGAGUAGUUAUCCGAAGGCACGUAUGCGGCGAUGGUGACAGCGACAAAAUAUAAAAGUGGUAACAUUUUUGGUUUCGUAUGUGGUAGAUGUUAGUAUUAAGCGAUAGAAAGUUAAACCCGUAGGGGAGUUGACUCCAAUAAAUAGUAAAUCAGGGGAUAAACAGAUGGCUUGCAACAAGCACGGAUCACACGGCAUAUCUUGAUCUAUGGAUCAAUCGAACUCCACUAAGUACUGAAAUUGAGGUGGGUGGCUGCAAACCUAGCCAGCAUUAUUAAGAGCGAUGACACUUGCAUACUCAUAUAAUACAAGUGGCGGCCAAUGAAAGAAACAUAUCUGCAUGGAAAAGGGGCACAGAUGUUAACUAUGCAUGACUUAUCUAAAAAUAGAGGAGAAAUUGACGUUUGAAUUGAUUUGGUAGUAAAACAGAAGGCUGGGUGCGAUGCUGGUACUAACAGAUGGCUGGCCGAGUGGUGCGACAUUGUAAACACAGAAAAGUCGGGGGAAUGACCAAAAUGUCGCACCCAUAUUCGAGCAUUGACGAUUCUAAAUCAUCCUCGCAGACGACCCGACCCACACUUCGACCUCCU